CGGGAACUGACACCUCCUUUCCAACCCCCGGGCAUCACAGGCUUCUAACCACGGCCGCUCUCGGUGAGGAAACUCUGGCCUCCGCUUCCUCCUCCUCCGACUCGGACACCGGCGGAGCGUCGCCGCCCCCGCGGAAGAAACACCGAGCCUCGGCGGCGGAGGGAGCAGGAGAGCCCGGGGCUUCAGCAGGGACAGUGGGCCUCUCUGCAGUUGUUUUAGGACUUGCAACUUCUCCACACCCUCCCGGACCCCCUGCUAUCCACAUUAACCGAACUAUCGUAAAUAACAUCAACAGUAACAUCAUGCAGGCCAACGGGGCAGGACAGGCACAGGACUCGGAGCUUUCCUGCCUGAAUAGCGCACAGAAUGGGGAGUCAUCCUCGGCCAGCGGAGCGCAUUCUAAUGGGCUGAUUUCUAGCACAAACAAUGGAAAUACUGUCAGUACUAAUAACGGGGCUUCGGCCGGUGUAGCCUCUGGGACCUCAGCCGCCUCUGCCUCAGGCUCGGAGGUCGGUUCCACCAUGAAAAAGAAGAAACGUCUCUCUCAGUCGGAGGAAGAUGUCAUUCGACUGAUAGGGCAACAUUUACAUGGAUUAGGGCUUAAUCAAACCGUGGACCUGUUGAUGCAGGAAUCUGGCUGCAGGCUGGAACAUCCAGCCGCCACCAAGUUCCGAAACCACGUGAUGGAGGGAGAGUGGGACAAGGCUGAAAGUGACCUCAACGAGCUGAAAGCACUGAUGCACUCUCCCAGCGCUAUUGUGCGGAUGAAGUUCCUGCUGCUGCAGCAGAAGUAUUUAGAGUACCUGGAGGAUGGGAAGGUGUUGGAAGCACUGCAGGUCUUGAGAGGGGAGCUCACGCCACUCAAGUACAACACAGAGCGAAUCCAUAUCCUCAGCGGGUACCUGAUGUGCAGCCAUGCGGAGGACCUGCGAGCCAAAGCUGAGUGGGAGGGCAAAGGGACUGGCUCCCGCUGCAAAUUGCUUGACAAACUGCAGACGUACCUGCCCCCCUCCGUCAUGCUGCCCCCCCGCCGGUUACAGACCCUGCUGCGGCAGGCCAUGGAGCUACAGAGAGACCGCUGCCUUUACCACAACACCAAGCUGGACAGCAGCCUGGACUCCAUGUCCCUUCUCCUCGACCACGUCUGCAGCCGGAAACAGUUCCCCUGUUAUACCCAACAAAUCUUAACAGAGCACUGCAAUGAAGUUUGGUUCUGCAAAUUCUCAAACGACGGCACGAAACUGGCAACAGGAUCUAAAGAUACCACGGUUAUUAUAUGGCAGGUGGACCCGGAGACUCACCAGCUGAAGUUGCUAAAGACUCUGGAAGGCCAUGCCUAUGGGGUCUCGUACCUGGCCUGGAGCCCUGACGACACCUACCUGAUCGCCUGCGGCCCGGACGACUGCUCAGAACUGUGGCUGUGGAACGUGCAGACGGGGGAGCUGCGGACAAAGAUGAGUCAGUCUCACGAAGACAGCCUGACCAGUGUGGCCUGGAACCCAGAUGCCAAACGUUUCGUCACAGGGGGACAGAGGGGCCAGUUCUACCAGUGUGAUCUGGAUGGGAACCUGCUGGACUCCUGGGAGGGCGUGCGGGUUCAGUGCCUGUGGUGCCUGAGUGAUGGCAGAACAGUGCUGGCGUCAGAUACACACCAGCGUAUCCGUGGAUACAACUUUGAGGACCUUACCGACAGAAACAUAGUGCAAGAGGAUCAUCCUAUAAUGUCUUUCACUGUUUCAAAGAAUGGAAGAUUAGCUUUGUUAAAUGUAGCAACUCAGGGAGUGCAUCUAUGGGACCUGCAGGACCGCGUGCUGGUAAGAAAGUACCAGGGCGUCACCCAGGGCUUCUACACCAUCCACUCGUGCUUUGGUGGCCAUAACGAAGACUUCAUCGCCAGCGGGAGCGAAGAUCAUAAAGUGUACAUCUGGCACAAGCGCAGCGAGCUGCCCAUCGCCGAGCUGACCGGACACACGCGCACCGUCAACUGUGUGAGCUGGAACCCAGCACUGCCCGGCCUCAUGGCCAGCGCCUCGGACGACGGCACCGUCAGGGUCUGGGGCCCCGCCCCCUUCCUGGACACGCAGGAUCUGGAGGGGCUCAACGAAAACUGCUGUAGCAUGGAUAGUUGAUGGUGAUUUUGGAGCGGAAGACUUCUCUAAAAUAAAACGACAAAAUAUAAAAGAUAUAAAAAAGAGAACGAAAAUAAAAAGAAAGGAAAAUAAUUAGUUCAAUUUUUACCCUGGCUGUGGCGGUUGGCUGUGGCGGUCGGUGUUACAG